UGUACCCGCAUACUCGCCACUACAUUAUACGAAAAUUGUUAUAUUCGAAAAUAUAAGAUAAAUGUGUGUGUUCUCAGAUUAUGACUGUCAAUUUUAGUUUUAAUGAUAUCUGUGAAUUUAAGUUACAAAUUUAAGUUAUAAUGAAGUACACUGUGACAUUAUUUAUAGUGUUGUGCAUAGUUUUAAGGAAUGUACGGGCAGAGCUCUCUCCAGACGAGGUGGCAGAAAUUACUGAGUCAUGUUGCUCUCAAGUGGAGACAAUGGUCGCUGGAUUCAACACGCCAGACGAGUGUGACACCAUCGAACCAUAUUACACGGAGCCGGACGAAAUAGAUAUUUGUCGAACUGCAAUCAAAACUUGUUGUGAAGAUUUUUUCAAACAGAAAAAUGAAUGUUCAGAAGGAAUGAAAUAUGCCAAAACAAAACAAUGCAGUACACCGAAAUCUAAAAUGGGAAAGGUCUGCUGUGAUGAAUGCGUUUUCGGGAAGUCAAUUGGAGAAUUACGUCAGGAUGAGAGGGAGUGUGGGGAACUAGACGUGGCUUACCUAGCACCAACCACGGUGCUCAAGAACAAAGCAUACAUAGACUGCUGUUUAGAAGCUGCAAGACAACCAACAACAACUGAAAAGAUUAUUACAACAACGAAAAAGAUAGUUACAACAACGAAAAAGAUUAAAGAGAAAUGCAAAAGUGAUUCCUGUGAGCAUGUUUGUAACGAUGACGAAGGCAAAAUUAAGUGCCACUGUCACGAAGGGUACCGGCUACAGGACGAUAAAAGAUCUUGUAAAGCAUCUACAGAUGUAAAUGAAUGUGCUGAAGCUAUAGACGACUUGUGCACAGCGGAAGACACUGUGUGCCACAAUACACCUGGAGCCUUCAAGUGUGUUCCAAUCAAGAAACGCGCGGUUGGUCUCAGCUGCCCUGCCGGUUUCAAGAAAAAUGUUCAAAGUCAAGUCUGUGACGAUAUAAAUGAAUGUCAACAUCCCCGACCCCCGUGUCCCAAGUAUCUUUGUGAGAAUACUAUAGGAGGCUUUAAAUGUGCUGGUAAACCGGGUAUACCGUAUUCAGAAGAGUCGCCUGAUGCAACUACCGAGAUUGCCGGUAAUACUGAUUCUGCUCCAAGAAAUGACAUUUGUCCAGUUGGAUUUAGAGCAGGUCCCGACGAUGAAUGUCUUGACAUCGACGAGUGCGAAGAGCGUCUGGAUGAUUGCCAACGUCUGUCACAGCACUGCAUCAACACACACGGCAGUUUCUUCUGCCAGGACCACGUCUCCAAGCGUUGCACGCCUGGAUUCAAAGUUAACAGCGUAACUGGUAUAUGUGAAGAUAUAAACGAAUGUGAAGAUUCAAUGGAAGUGUGUAAACGCACUGAAGUAUGCAUCAAUUUACCAGGAGCAUACAACUGCAAGUCCAAAAUCAGCACACUGCCCAAAUUGGCAAAAAAGACUUGUCAAGAGGGUACCAGGAUAAGACCUGGAGGAACAAUAUGUGAAGACAUAGACGAGUGUCGGGAAGGUACACAUCUGUGCGACGAGUUUCAAAACUGCAUCAAUACAUACGGCGCUCACGAGUGCCGUUGUAAGAAUGGUUUCGAAAUAGACCCCUCAUCUGGAUCAUGUGUAGAUGUGGAUGAAUGUUCAUUGAAGUUGGACAAAUGCUCCCCUGGCACGCACUGCGUCAAUACCCUGGGCUCGUAUACCUGCUCCCGCCGCGGACCGAUCACUACAAGCACAUCCACCACCGUCUCACCAUCCGAAUACGAGUACUACUAUGAGGAAGAUAAUUCAACAGACGUGUCAGGUGAACCCGAGUCAAUACCACCAACUACAAGUUCGACAACACCAACACCCAGAACUAGACCUACACGACCCACACCUAAACCGACCACAACUCCUAGAACCACUACUCCUAGACGAACAACAUCCAGACCUCCCACAACAACAACAAGAACAACAACCUCUACCUCUACUACACCCCCACCCCCGAGAACGUCAUCUACACAUUUUGGGUCCUAUCCUCCUAGAACGCAAACACCUACAACAUCCAGUACCCCUUUUACUAAUAGACCCGAAAGACCCAUAUACACACGACCUACAACUACACCUGCUCCAAGAAGACCUUAUAGACCCCAAGACAGACCGAGACGGCCUGACGAUGCUUCAGGGAGACCUGAAGAUACACCUAAUAUUCCUGACGAACCAACAAGGGGAUCUGAAGAUGAGCCAGAGCAACCACCUAGAAGACCAUUAGAAGAUACACCAAAACCUGAAAAUCGACCCAUAAGACCGGCCACUCCCCGUACAGAUAAUAGUCGAAGACGGCCUAGUUAUUCCAGAAGGCCAUCUGAUCCAAGACCAGAAGAUAGGCCGAGAGAAACAACUACUACUUUGAAACCAGAAGAAAAUAAUCCUGACAUUGAUGUGAAUAACUUACAUUGUUUGCAUGGUUAUGAGAGAGAUUCUAAUGGAAACUGUGUAGAUGUGGACGAGUGUCAAGAUAAUCGGUAUGCGUGUAGUUCUCUGGAGAUGUGCGUAAACAGAGAGGGUGGAUAUGUCUGCGAAUGUAUAUCAGGAUUCCGCCGUGAUACCUCCGGGUGGUGCGCAGCUGUUAUCCCUACCUCUACUACGACAGUCAGUACAACGACUGAAAGCACUACGACAGUGGCGACGACACCUCGUUGGCGUUAUACUCCAAGACCACGUCCAUAUUCUCCAAAGCCCGUAACGUGUGAUUUUGGUUACAAGUACAACUCUGAGCAGCGAAGAUGCAUUGACAUUGAUGAGUGUGCCACAAAUCAACAUUCAUGCGCCCGCAACGAGGAUUGCGUCAAUGUAAAUGGAGGGUACAACUGUGUAUGUGGGAAGAAAUGUCGAGCUGAAAAUGGGGAACCUAAUGUUUAUUAUCCUGUAUCACCGAACCGGCCGAGAAACGAGCCAACACCCUCGUCUGAUGACGAUGUCAACUCAAUUACCGUCGGAGCUCAGUAUGGUCAGCGGGGUCCUCGUCAGAUGAGAGCCAGCUUUUCAAGGGUCAACUACGGAGGAAUAUACUCCUGUCGUUGGGGUUACAAGCUCACUUCUGAUAAAAUGUGUAUUGACAUCGACGAAUGUGCUGGAAAUGAAUCCCAGUGUGGUCCACAGCAACAUUGUGAGAAUUUCUACGGCGGAUACUCCUGCAAGUGUCCCAGCGGACAUAAACUGUAUAAAACACAGGACCAGUGUGAAGAUAUCGAUGAAUGCUAUUAUGGUUCUCCUUGCUCCUACAAUAGUAAUUGUAUCAAUACGGUAGGCUCGUACCGAUGCGAGUGUAACGAAGGUUUCCGGAACGCACCCUCCAAUGAUAAGAUGUGUGCCGAUAUUGACGAAUGCUCAGAUGAUCCUAAUGUUUGCGAGCAAGAUUGCGUCAACACGUGGGGAAGUUACCGAUGUUAUUGUAGACGUGGAUAUAGACUGGAUAAUAAUAACAGGACCUGUGUGGACGUUGAUGAGUGUAAAGAGUGGUCGGCAUCUAGGUUGAACGGACGACUGUGCAACGGACAAUGUAUAAAUGAGCCGGGCAGCUACCGGUGCUCAUGCCCGGCUGGGUACAAACUCGCAGAAGAUCGCAGGAGUUGUAUUGAUAUUAACGAGUGCGAGACUGGUGAGGCGAGCUGUGCCAGAUCCAAUCGGCCUGGAGACGUCUGUCAGAACACUCGUGGCAGCUAUCAUUGCCACCGCAUCGAGUGCCCUGAUGGAUACAGACUCGAAUCCAAACACCGUUGUACUCGAAUCCAGCGCUCGUGUCCUAUAGCGGACUGGUCGUGUCUGCAGCAGCCCAGCGCUUACAGUUACAACUUUAUUACGUUUGUGGCGAACAUCUACAUGCCUACAGGAAGGUUGGACUUGUUUACAAUGCACGGCCCCGGAUGGAGAGACUCUGUGGUGACGUUCGAGCUACGAUUGAUAGAUGCGCAGUCAUCGGGUCCCAAGGAGCCGGCCGACUUGGGAUGUUUCGACAUGCAGCCAACGAAUAACGUGUGCUUAAUUUCACUGCUGUGCCCGCUGCCGGGGCCGCAGGUGAUCGAGCUGGAGUUGACCAUGUCUCUAUACCAACACGAUCAGUUCGCUGGUAGCGCAGUCGCCAGGAUCAUUAUCAUCGUUUCAGAAUAUGAGUUCUAAUCUUUGUUAAU